ACCAGGUAUCGUUAGAAAAUUUUUGCAAACAAGAAUUCACAUUCAAUUCAAAAUGUGGUCGACAGAAAAAUCUUGUAAUCAACUCGUUUAUUAUUUGAGCGAUUAAUGAUCUCGAACAUUUACGUGCGAGCGAAGCGAGAGAGAAAUAUCUCAAUCAUUAACCGCUUUCAUUAUUAACCUAGUUGAUUAAAAAACUAUUUUUCAAUUGACGACGAUCAAUUGCAUUCUAUUAUUCUAUUUUUUGUAAAUGUCAAUUACUUUUGAACUGUACACCUACCUACUCGCCACAUAUUUUCUGCAGGAAAAUUAAUUUUUUCCACUAUUUUAAACACAUUCAUAAAAAAACCGUAAACCUUGUGCGUAAACAAAACGAUAGAUGUAUAAUAAACAUUUUUCCAUGCAAUUGGACUUGUUGAAAAAUAUGAAUUCAAACGAAUGAACAAUAAAGGCAGUAGAAUUUUUUUCUGGUAUACGCCACGAUCAGUUUUGUUUUGGUGAAAUGGUUUCCCUCAUGUACAAGUUCCUAGUGACGACUUCUAUUUCAGUAAUAUUCACUACAACACUACUCAUUUUCUCACAGAAAAAAAUAAUUUAUAAGCCAGAACCUUUAGAAGAAUUAAGCUGUUCAAAACUUAAUAUGGAAGAUGUUAAUUACAUAGUGGAAUACACAGAAAAAAAUCCCGAAAUUUGUAAUGCCAGUGAAAACCGUUUGAAACUUUUGAUUAUUGUAACUUCUGCCCCUUCACAUAAAAACUUGAGGUUAGCUAUCAGGGAUACUUGGGGUAGUGCAACUCUAACAAGAGAAAUAGAUAUCGCCUUUUUACUAGGUUAUACCCAUAAUAAAUCCAUUGAAGAAUCAUUACUAAUGGAGCAAACUAUUUAUGGAGAUCUUAUAAGAGCAAGCUUCAUCGAUACUUAUGACAAUAUGACGCUGAAAACAAUCACAAUGCUCCAUUGGGCAAAUAAAUUUUGUAGCAAUGCGAAAUUUUUGUUGAAAGCAGACGACGAUACAUUCAUUAAUAUUAAUAGAUUGAUGCUCUAUAUGGGGUAUAUUCCUGAAGGAAAGGAUGCUCUCUAUGGGCAUCUGCUCGAAGAUCAACCACCUUGUAGAGAUGUUUCUUCAAAAUAUUAUUUAUCUUUCGAACAAUACGAAUAUGAAAUUCUACCAACAUUUCUAUCUGGAUCUUCAUAUUUAUUACCCAUGCAUGUUACAGAAAAAUUGCUUUUGAAUGCACAAAGGCGUCCUCUUUUUAAACUGGAGGAUAUAUUCCUUAGCGGCUUUAUUGCAGGCGACUUGGGCAUACCACUAAUUCACACGUCAAUGUUUAAUCACUUAGAAUUAUCAAAAAAAUCUUAUUGCUACUUGAGAUCCUUCAUAAGUGUUCAUUAUGUGGAUGUUAAACAGCAAUACGAUCUUUGGCAAAUUCUUCUUUAUCCCGAAAAAUAUUGCUAUCACAAUAUAUUAUUGGAAUUACCACAGUAAGAAUAAAUGAGAAUCUUAUGAGAAAUUGGCUUUUUCACUGCAUAUCCAUAUCCUUUCAAGUAAUCACUUUCUCAGAUUUUUAACUCAAACUCGAUUAAAUAUAUUCAGCACAUAAAAAUUUUUUUUUGGAUUAUUAUUCAAAUCAAAUCUUUAUUUUUCAUACGAAAUGCUUUUUCAAAUACCCAACAUACCUACACAUAUUUAUACUAUAUAUUAAUAAAAUCUGUAACAAAUCUGCCGACCCUGCAUGAGUAUUCAACCAACAUAAAGGAGUAUAACUUUGACGUUAUUGAAGAAGGUAGGAAACUAA